AUGGCUUCGUCGCCCGGGAAAGACACAGAACAUCGUCGGUGGUUGGUGGUUGGUACUGUUCUCAACAGAGUUCUUAUGCCGUAUCUCAGAAAUAAGAUUCAACAGGAAAUGAAACCAUUUUACCAGCAUCUGUUGGCAAAGUAUGGAUUAGACGAGCAAUUCUAUCCGACUCACCUGAAGACUAUUCCACCGACCACCCUGAAGCUAAACUACGAAAGUAUCAACAAUAACGCCGACCUGGGUCGAGACACACAUCGCUUUGACUAUUGUGUAAAGGAUGAAGUGCCAUUGGCUAAGUUGUUCAUGAAACCUUUCAUGGCACAUUUCGAUGCAUUUGAUUCCUCUUUUGAUGCCUCGGCGGCUCUGGCUGUUCUUUGCUGUGCUCCGCCAUUCAGCUCUGCAGCGCCGUCAGCUGAACUUGUAAGAUCUGAAGUACGAAAUGAGUGGGCCCAUUGCGACUAUGCGUCAUGGACGGAAGUGAAAUACAAUACAUGUUUUGAUCGAAUGGAGACCUUAGUUGAAGACUUGGGAUUUGCCCCAGCAGGAAAAACAGAGCUCCUCGCUGAGCUACAGUUGUGGAGGAAGCAUGGGUUAGAAUUCUGCGUUGGUAAGCCACUAAAUGACACAUUCCUCAGUGUCAUACGCGAUGAAAUUGUAGCGCUUUCCGAAACAAUGACCAAUCGGCUGGAAGAAAAGAUCGAUAGCAUACGUGAAAUGUUUGAGGCAAUAUUACAUGAAUUGAGCAAAAGCAGACAUGAAAAACAACCAGCAAGACAAGACCUGGAAAAAACUUCUUGCAAAAUUUUGGAAGUCAAAACGCCGGCGAUGCAGAACAGUUGGGAAACACUGCUUUCAAGGAAAGUCAAUGUUUCCGUGGCACAUAAUAAAUCUGUAAUAUUUGAUGCGCCAGAUCGAAACAAGUGGUUUACAGGAAGACAAAAAGAGCUAGAAUCGCUUGAAAGGUGCCUUCCUCUAGAAAAGAGCCAUCACGAAUUUAGGAUGGCGGCCAUUUGUGGUCUUGGUGGAUGUGGAAAAACGACCUUAGCAGCUCAAUUCGCUUGGAAGUAUAAACCACAAUACGAGGGAGGCGUAUUUUGGUUCUCCAUGGAGAAUGAAGAGAAAUUUGAAAGUUGUGUGAAUGACCUGGCGUUACGUUUAGGACUGAUGGAGAACUCAUCAGAUUUUACACUGACGCAAAUUCUAAUGUUUAUAUCUCGGCAAGAAAAGCUGUGGCUAAUGGUUCUCGAUAACGUCGACCAACCACUACUUUCUCUGAAAAUGCGUAAAGCUUUGACAGGAAUAUGGAAAAGGGAGUCAAACGGUCACAUGCUGAUAACAACAAGGCGUGAAAAGAAAGAAAUUUGUCAAUGUGUGGAUCUCGACACAAGUUGUUGUGUAGAAGUCUUCUCUUUCUCUCCUGACGAAGCAAAAGAGUUCCUUUUAAGUCGUUCAAGCGGUGAAAAUAUUUCAGACCAGGAGGAUACGCUAAAUGAGCUGGUUGUUGAGCUUGGUUGUCUUCCUCUUGCUUUGGAGCAGGCUGGUGCACAUAUCAGAUCUCUUCAGUGCCCUAUAAGUAAAUAUCUAACCGAAUACAAACUCGAACGUUUGCAGCUUUUGAGUCAACGUCACGCAAAUCCCUCGAGGGAGUAUGAUUCCUUGAAUCGUCUUUCCGUCCACACCACAUGGCUGAUGAACUUUGACUUCGUGAAGAGCUCAAAAUUUGGAGACAUUGCAACCAGGUUCGUACAUGCAGCUGCUUUCCUUAAUCCAGAUGAAAUCCAUGAAGGACUUAUAAGUGCAGAGCUCUUGUCUCCUGACGUCCCAGAUGCCGGAAAGAAAAGGGAACUUCCCCUGACAAAUAGCCACAUAGUAGAAGUUUUGACAAAGUUUUCACUUUUCCAGAGGAAGUCUGUUGGAUGCAUGAGGCUACAUCGCGUGGUACAGCAGGUUAUUCGUGGUACAAUGCCAUCAGGAGAAAUCGCAAAGGCAAUGUGUACAACAUUUAAGUUGCUGAAGAAUGCCGCUUUGUCAGUUGGUCAAUCAGCAACAGAUCUGUCCGUUUUCUCUAUUAUUCGUCAUUGGUUGGCAUUGAAGCGACAUAUGGAGCAGCAUGUCGAAGCUAAGCCGGAUGGCUUUGAAACCAAAGAAUUAAUGAGAUUGUUAAACAGAGGUGCUACAGAAAUAGUGUUUGCAGUAACUCAUACCCUAGAAGGGUCAACGCAAACUUUAAAAAAUCGUCGUAGAUUGUCAGCACUCCUCGAUGGUGAUUACGAUACGUGGCUGGGUGAACGAGAGCAAGAGCAUGAAGAAUUAAGAAGAAAGAGUGGCACAUCAUUGCCCGAAAAAUCGCCCCCAGGAACGCCCUUACAAUGGCCCUCGUGUUCGUCCACAGUAUUUCUUUCGGGAACGUCUAUAAUACGGCGCUUUGGGGGGGAUUUCCCCCAAGUUAAUCCCUCAAGACCGCCCCCAAGACAGUCCCUAAGACCGUCCCCAAGACCGUCCCCAAGACCGUCCCCAAGACCGUCCCCAAGACCGUCCCCAAGACCGUCCCCAAGACCGUCCCCAAGACCGUCCCCAAGACCGUCCCCAAGACCGUCCCCAAGACCGUCCCCAAGACCGUCCCCAAGACCGUCCCCAAGACCGUCCCCAAGACCGUCCCCAGGACCGUCCCCAAGACCGUCCCCAAGAUAG